AUGGGGCUAUCCUCGUCUUCUGAAUGCUCGUUCUGCCUUAAUCCUGAAUCUCUAUUAGACGUCGUCGCUGGUUGCAGUUCCUACCUCGAUCGAUUUACUUGGAGACAUGACUCAAUUCUAAAUGUCAUUGCUAAUAACCUUCCAUCAGAACAUAUCCGGACCAUUUAUGCUGAUUUGUCGUCAUUCUCUAAUCUUUCUACAAUCACUGGUGAUGAUUAUCGGCCUGAUUUACUAAUUUCGACGAAAGACAAUUGUCUGUAUAUUCUGGAAUUAACCGUUGGAUAUGAGACUAACCUCAGAAAUGAUGUUAACAGGAAAUACUUCAAGUAUAAAGAUAUGAUUAUGGAACAAAAGAAAAAUUAUCAUGCGGUAAACUCCAUCAACCUUUCGAUUAGUGCACUUGGUGUGUUUGACAAAGAAUCUUCUGGUUUUAUAGACAUGUUAGAACAUUUUAAUUUAGAUAAAGCUCAUGUAAGAUACGUUAUUAAAAAGAUUAUUAAUACAGGGACCGCGGAGACGGGGGGGCUGGGGGGGCUUUAGCCCCCCCACUUUUUUUGACAGCCAAAAUUAUUAAAUUUUUAAUAAAUAUUAUUUUUAUGGAGGGCUUAAAAUUGUUAAGAUACUCUUAGUUUAUAAAGUAGCCUAGUAAAAGGAUUGCUUAGAAGUUUGUAAAAGGUCUAAGUUUUGUUACUUUUUAUGACGAUGGUCUUGGAGAUUUUUUGCUAAAGUUCCUCCAAAAAUGCAGGAAAUAGCGUUUAAGGUAAUAGAAAAUUGAACAUUUUCCUUGGGGGUUUUAUUGAUGAUUUAGCCCCCCCCCCCACUCUCUAAUACGCUCCGCGGGCCCUGUAAUAUUGCAAUAAGGUCAACCUACUACAUUUUUUUUUGCCGAAAUAAGAACUGGGUGAAUCCGGACUUGAUGAAACUUUAAAAUUUUUAUUGUAUAAGUAUGUAUAUAGAGUAAUAGAGUAAAUUUAAUCGUGCGUUAUAAAAUCAUUUAAUAGUAAUAUAUCAAGUUGCCAAUUGUAAAUUACCUUAUAUAGUGAGAUUUGCAGUUGUAAGUUUAGAAAAUUAAAUAAAGUUUCCAUUAUUAUUAUUAUUAUUAUUAUUAUUAUUAUUAUUAUUAUAUCCGAAAAUGGCUGGAACUUCCCGUCUCUGCAACCCUUAGCAACGUGUUGCUUCCACAAAACAAAUUUGGUCAGAAUAUUAUUCUCCCUUCGACAAAAUUUAUCCAAUGUCAAACUGUCUCUCGAUCAGCUUUAAAAUACUCACCAAAGGUAGAUAUUAACAAUCUAUGGGCGGUGACGAGCACCAACAAGAACGUACAGUAUGAUAUUUACAAAGACACAAAAGACGUACUUAAGGCAGUUAGAAAAGAAAACGAACAAAGGCUUCAAAACCACCUCAUUUCGCAAGGUUCUUUCUUUUCCAGUAUCAUGAAUCAUUCCACAUCCACAUUCAACUCUUUAUGGUCAUCCGUUCAGAGCAAACUUCCGAAAAACAUUUUAAUUUCACCAUCCGAUAUAUCAAUAACACACUUCCAACACGAAAGAACCUAUUAAAAUGGGGACUAUCAUCAACAUCCGAUUGCUCUUUCUGCUCCUCACCUGAAACGCUGCUCCAUGUGAUUGCUGGAUGUAAGACAUAUUUAGACGAAGGCCGGUUUACAUGGCGACACGAUUCUGUUUUAAAUUUCCUCGCAUCCACUCUUACUGCUGUGAAAAAUUCCACACUUUACGUGGACAUUCCUGGUUUUAUGAAUCCAUCUGUUAUCACGGGAGAUCGUUUACGACCUGACCUUCUGCUGGUGACUGAAAACAGGUGUUUAUACAUCCUCGAGCUUACAGUCGGUUAUGAAUCCAAUCUGCAAGUUAACGCCAAUCGUAAGCGUCAAAAGUACCGUGAUCUAAUCAAUGAGCAGAAAGCAGAUUAUGAUAAAGUCAAGUUCGUCAAUUUAUCCUUGAGUACCCUCGGAGUUUUUGGCCGAUCUUGUGAAAAUUUCGAUGGCAUGCUAAGUAGCCUUAAAUGUGAUGCCAAGUAUAGUAAAUACAUAAAAAAAGCAAAUCGUGAACAUAUGCAUACGAACAUCAUAUUAUGUAUUUUGUAAACGAAACAAGGUGUGGGAUAACCCAAAAUUAAUGUUAAUAUAAUCCUUCUUAAAAUAAUUAUUGUACAAUAAAUAUAUAGUAUCAAUUCAAGUAGACAUUGAUAAACUACCUGUAAAGCGAGGUUUAUCAUUGUAGUUGUAUAUAUCCUAAUAAUCAAUAAAUAAAGUUUCCAUUAUUAUUAUUAUGCAUUAUAUCAGCAUUGAGCAGAGCAGCAUUGUUUAUACGCCCUCUGCACAUGUUGUUCGUUUUCAUCGUUAUUUUCUUACUUGAACCACAGUUUAUUAAUAAAAAAUAUUAUAACUAUCGGAUUUACUAGGAUAUAAAUCAUGAUUCGUUCAAGCCUUGUUGCUAUGUUGGCCAUUUGCGCUGUUUGCUCGUUCUGUGGCAAAAAGUUCGUUACACUCGGCCGCCAUUCUUGGCGAUGUAAACAAAAGUUGAAUCAAAAUCUUCCUGGUAACACAGUUAACCAGAUGCCGGUUAUACAUUCUGCUGUUAGGAUCUCGAAUACUGAUGAUGUGAAAUGCUAUUGUGGUAAAUCAUUCAAAGGAACGCGGGGUCUUAAAAUGCAUCAACGUAGUUGUCGUGUAAUACAUGGAUUAAAUGACGAACUGCUUACGGACCUUGAACAACAAUCUACUGAGAACUCUACUGAUAGCUUUAAUUCUUCUACUGUUGAGGAGAACGAUGCCAUGGCACACGACGCAAGUAAUUAG